AUGAAUCCCUUCCUUGUUUGUCUGGGAUUCUUCUGGGAUCCCUUAUCGCAGGGUGUGCAAAAUUUCCUGCAGAGCAGCACGGGGGAAGCCGUCUCCUGGGUGUGGAAUCUGGCCGCCGGUGGAAUCGUCACUCUCAUUCUGCUGGACUCCAGAGCGGAGGAGCUGGGCAGGGAGAUGACAGAUCUGAUCUGUCUAAGAGAAGAUCUAGAAGAGCAUAUCAAACAAGGGGAGCUUGAGGACAUGGGGCCGACCUCCCAGGCCAAGAAUUGGCUCAGGAAGGUGCAGGAGAUCGAGUCCAGGGAGGCCGAUUUCCGGGUUUCCUUCCAGCAGAGGGGGGCCUCCCCUGAGGGCUCCUCUUUACGAUCCUCUUAUCGGCUCGGUUGUGAAGCUGCCGAGUGCCUGAAAGAAGUCCAGAGGCUGAAGACCCAGAGGGGCAAUCUCCUCCCCCUACUCAUCCAGGCGCCGCCGCCCGCGGUGGUUCCGCAGCCGAUCUCUUCAGCCUCCAUCGUGGACGCGGAGAAGACGUUGUCGGAGAUCCGCAGCCUCCUGGAAGACAAUGAAGCGCCAGUCAUCGGGAUCUACGGCUUGGGAGGAGUAGGGAAGACGACCCUCUUGAAGGCGAUCAACAACGAGUUCCUCCAGAGGGGAUCCGGCGGUUUCGAUCUGGUGAUUUGGGUCACCGUCUCCAAGGAGCUUGAUGUCCGGAAGGUUCAAGAGGACAUCGCCGUCCGGCUGGGCUACUCUCGCCCCGGAAAAGGCCAGGGCCAGACCCUCCCAGAGCAUCCAACCGACAGGGUCAACACCCUACUGAGCGCCCUCUCCAAGAGGAAUUUCCUUCUGCUGCUGGACGACCUGUGGGAGAAACUAGAUCUCGAAGCUGUAGGCGUCCCCUUCUCUUCCUCUUUCAGGAACGGAAGUAAGGUAGUCUUUACCACACGAUCAGAGAAAGUGUGCAACGAUAUGGACGCUCAGAGGAAAGUUAAGGUGCCCCUCUUGAAUCGAAAGAGCUCUUGGAAGCUCUUCUGCCAAAAGCUGGGCAGGGAAGAAGACCAGUGGGAUCCCUCUAUGAGAUCUCUCGCUGAAGCCGUUGCCGCAAAAUGCGGAGGCCUGCCAAUCACCCUCAUUACGGUAGGCCGGGCCAUGGCAGGCGUCACGACCCCUGACGAGUGGCAAGAGGCUCUCAUGGCGCUGAAGGGCAUACCCGUGGAGCUCGGAGACAUGAAAGAGGUUCUAAUUCUUCUCAAGUUCAGUUUCGACAGAUUGAAAGAUACAUCCGCCAAGGAGUGCCUUCUCUACUGCGCCCUCUUCCCAGAGGAUCACAACAUCGUUUUAAGCGUGCUCAUUGAUUACUGGGUGGGCGAAGGGCUCUUAGAUAGGGGAUCCUAUCCCGACCCCAUUGACAGAGCUCGUAACCGCGGCCUCGUUGUCAUCACCACUCUCAAGGCUGCCUGCCUGCUAGAAGACGGGGCGAUCAAAGGAACAUUCGUGAAGCUCCAUGACACGGUCCGGGAGAUGGCGUUGUGGAUAACCAGCGGCGAAGGCGACAAGAGAGGGAAUGUCUUCUUGGUGAACUCCGGGGAGCAGUUGAGGCACGUGCCGACGCCGGAAAGAUGGACGGAGGCGAGAAGGAUAUCUCUGAUGCGUAAUGAGAUACGCCUGCUCCCUGAGGAGCCUCGUUGCCCCAAUCUGCAGACGCUGUUGCUGAACCACAACAGACCUCAUCUGGAGGAAAUCCCCGGUGGGUUUUUCCAGUUCAUGCCGAGCCUUCGUGUUUUAGAUCUGUCGUGGACGAAAAUAAAGGUUCUCCCCCGGGAAAUCGGGUCACUGGUAGAACUGCGGUAUCUCAAUCUAUCAAGGACUCCCUUGGAAUCAUUACCCAUGGAGGUCAGGAAUUUGACGAAGCUGAGACAACUGGAUUUGGAGAACACCCGGUCUCUUAAGAGUAUCCCACGCGAGACGGUCUCAUCGCUUGAAAGGCUGCAGUCGUUGAACAUUUAUAGGAGUAAGUUUAGAGCAGGAGGGGAGGGCGGUGGUAGCGAUGGUGUGAUUGACCAUGAGGGGAGACAACUGUGUCUGAAAGACUUGGAGGACGGCAUGUGGAACCUGACGGAGCUCGGUAUUUCUAUAACAUGGAUGACGCAUGAAGACAUGCAGGCUGUACUGAACUCUCAGAGACUGUCUGCGUCGAUCAGAUUUCUAGGUCUGCUAAAGGUGGGAAUCCGAUCUUUAGAUUUGUCUGCUUUUCAUGAGAUUUUGAAGGGCCUGAGAAUACUUGAGAUUUCGGAUUCUACCGACUUGGAAGAGCUGGUCUUCAACACCAACCAUUUCUCGGAGCUGGAGGAACUGGCAUUGGAUACACUUCCCCGAGCAACGAUCUCUUGGAAAGAUGGCAACGUGUUUGCGAGCAACAUCUUCAAAAACCUUCGGGGAUUGUGGAUUAUCAGAUGUGAAGCAUUGGAGGACAUAACGUGGAUCAGACAACUGCCCUGCAUUCAGGAGUUAAUACUAGAUGGAUGUUCGAGAAUAGAAGAGGUGAUAGUAGUCGAAGAGGUGACGGUGGACAACGUGGAUUAUGAAAAUGAUUCUUUCUUCCCUAAAUUACAGUUGAUUUGGUUGUAUGAUCUUCCGAAUUUGAGGAGCAUAUGUAGGCAUCCGUUGUUAUUUCCUGCCUUGGAGCGUAUCAAUGUAAGCAACUGUCCAGAGCUGAAGAAGCUGCCCUUUGGGCUCUCUACUGCCAAGAACAUCAAAGAGAUCGUUGGUGAAAAAGAAUGGUUGGAACAAUUAGAGUGGGAGCAUGAAGACGUCCGGUCCAAGUUUACCCCUUGUUUUCAACCAAUGUAG